AUGAGCAGUUCAUUCAAUAGCCAUAGCCACACUAGUAGCAACAGUGCGAGCGCUACUAGUACGAUCUCGAGCCACAAGGCGUUCCUAUCGCCGACGGACGUGGCUGAACUCACGGCAGCAGCUGUUGCUGCUCUGCCCAGCACGCUGGCGCAGUCGAAUUUGUCGCUCAAGAAAUCGUCGUCCAGCGCCCAUCGGACAGAGAAUGGGGACAUUGUGCACCAUCAUCAGGCCACGCACAGUGGAGGGAACGCGACGCUCGUGACGUCGACGACGACGACCAUUCAUCAUGUGGGGAGUGCGGGGAAAACAGGGAUGAUGGAUGCUACAGGAGUCAUGGGGACGGGCGCAGCGCUGACGCCGCAGUCGCAGUUCUCGCUGCACUCGCUGAACCACCGCCACCAUCACCAUCACCAUCUCGCGCACGGGGCUGGGUUGCUGGCUAAUGGCAGUCUGAGCGGACUGGCAGAUGGCAAUCUAGGACGGAAUGGACUGGACGGUUCGGUUGGACUUGGCACGCUGGCUCCCUCGCCAUCUUUUCAGGGAGACUUGAACCAGAUUGAUGCCGGACUGAACUCUGAAGACGCGGACGUUCAGCUGGAAGCGGCCAAGAAGCUACGAGUGCUACUGUCAUCCGAGCGUGAUCUACUUAUUCGCCAGAUGCUGGAAAAGAACUGGACGCCGCGUCUUAUCAAGUGGUUGCGACUACGAGACCGACCGACCCUCCAAGUCGAAGCGCUCUGGGCACUCACAAACAUUGCAGCGGGAGCCACGGACAACACAUCGGUGCUGCUGCAAAAUGGCGUGAUCCCGACGCUCGUUUCGUUGUUGGAUUCGUCUAAUGAAGAGGUGCUAGAGCAGUCCGUGUGGGUUCUUGGUAACUUGGCGGGCGAAGGAGCUGCGACAAGGGAUCUUGUGUUGAGCGCUGGUGCGCUGACGCCGCUUGUGAACAACUUGAAGAAAACGUCGUGGGACCGUCUGUCGCUGCUUCGCAUCCUGACUUGGACAAUCAGCAACUUGUGUGACGGCCAGCCACGACCGGUGUUUGACAUCGGGCUCAUUUUGCCGUACCUGGCCAAGAUGCUGACGAGCACAGACACUGAAAUCCUGAGCCAUAUAUGCUGGGCGUUUUCGCACUUGUGUGAUGGACCCAGCACGCACAUCCAGGCAGUCGUCGACUCGGACGUGUGUUUCCGACUCGUUGAGCUUCUGAGUCAUUCGUCUUGGCGGGUGACGAAACCCGCUCUGCGUGCGAUUGGCAACAUUGUCUGCGCCGAAGAUGACCAUGACUACACGCAGCACAUAAUUGAGUGCGGUGCUGUGCCUUCGUUGCGGAGACUGAUUGCACAUUCGAAUCGUGAGAUCCAGAAAGAAGCGUGUUGGACUCUGUCGAACAUUGCCGCUGGCACAGUCGACCAAAUCCAGUGCGUGCUCGACUCUGGAUGUAUCCCGUCUUUGGUGGGGCUGGCUGCGUCCGACACGACGGAUGCUGAGGUGAAGAGUGAAGCCUGCUGGGUCGUGCUCAACGCCACGUCAUGCGGAUCGGACAGUCAAAUCGAGUACCUAGUCAAUCAGGGCUGCAUUCAGAUCCUAGGCAAUCUCUUGGAAGAAACGAGUAUGGUGAUGAUGGCGCUGGAAGGUUUGGAGCGUAUUCUGCAGGUCGGCGAGUUGGAGGCAAAGCGCACGGACUCUCCGAAUCCGUAUGCGAGUCUCAUGGCUUCUGCGAAUAUAGAGACGUUGGUGUCCCACAAGUCGGCUACCGUGGCAAAGCGAGCCACGCGCAUCUGGCAGCAACACUUCGUCACGUGCGCUAUUUGCCUGGGCCCGUUCUCGAAGCACUCGAACGACACAUUUUUCUGCGCCGAGUGCAAGUGCAACGUGUGCAAGAACUGCAACUGCACGGUGUUCCACCUCAAGUACCAGGAGAGUCUAUGGAAGGAAGAGACCGAGAAGGAGACGCACGAGAAGCAGGCACGCCAAGCCUCGAAGCGCAGCAAGCGUCAAAAGAAGCGUCAGCGCACCAAGGAGCGCAAGGCAGCACUGUUGCGCGGUCAGAAGACGCCAGCCGGUGGUAGAGGAUCGAAACAAAGCCGACAGCAGAGAGACCAGCCGCACGACAAUUCGUCUUCCGACGAGGCUUCGUCGACCAAGUCAGGAGGUGGGGGAGGCAGUCGACGGCACGAUGGAGACGAUUCUGUCUCGGAAAACGGUUCGAAUGGAUCGAACGUGGAAGAGGAAGAGGAGGAUGGCGGUUCGACGACUCCUGGCGACGAAGAGGAGGUUGCGACCGACGAAGAAGCCAACGCCGACGUGCUGGACGAGAUGGUCGAUGCGAACGACAAACUGGUGUCGUAUCUGCUAGAGACGGGGUCCAUCAUGGCGCUUGCCGAGCGUUUGGACUUGGAGGACGAUAGCAUGUGGACUGUGGCAGAGAAGGAUAGAACGGCUAUUCACGCGUAA